ACACCGUCGUUCUUUUGAACCAAAUUGACGUCACGCAAGUGGUACCUACGCCAUUUUACACAAAGUAUGGAGGACAAGGCGUCAUUAAAAGAACUGGAUCAAUGGAUAGAACAGCUAAAUGAAUGCAAGCAAUUGACAGAAAACCAAGUGAAAACGUUAUGCGAUAAGGCAAAGGAGAUUCUAACUAAAGAGUCUAACGUGCAAGAAGUGAAAUGUCCGGUCACCGUUUGCGGCGACGUCCACGGUCAGUUCCACGACCUGAUGGAGCUGUUCCGCAUCGGAGGCCGCUCGCCCGACACCAACUACCUGUUCAUGGGCGACUAUGUGGACCGCGGUUACUACAGCGUGGAGACGGUCACAUUGCUUGUUGCACUUAAGGUUAGAUAUCGUGAGAGAAUAACAAUCCUCCGCGGUAAUCACGAAUCACGUCAAAUCACCCAAGUCUACGGCUUCUACGACGAAUGCCUCCGUAAAUACGGCAACGCGUCCGUGUGGAAGCACUUCACGGACCUGUUCGACUUCCUGCCCCUCACCGCGCUGGUCGACGGGCAGAUAUUCUGCCUGCACGGCGGCCUCAGCCCGUCCAUAGACACGCUGGAUCACAUCCGCGCCCUGGACCGCGUGCAGGAGGUGCCGCACGAGGGGCCCAUGUGCGACCUGCUCUGGAGUGAUCCCGAUGACAGAGGCGGAUGGGGUAUAUCGCCCCGCGGUGCCGGCUACACGUUCGGUCAGGACAUAUCGGAGACGUUCAACCACAGCAACGGCCUGACGCUCGUGUCGCGCGCGCACCAGCUGGUCAUGGAGGGCUACAACUGGUGCCACGACCGCAACGUCGUCACCAUAUUCUCAGCGCCCAACUACUGCUACAGAUGUGGUAACCAAGCCGCCAUAAUGGAAUUGGAUGAUGCGCUUAAGUACUCAUUCCUGCAGUUCGACCCGGCUCCACGGCGCGGUGAACCGCACGUGACGCGACGGACGCCGGAUUACUUCAUGUAGGCUGCACCGCUGGCGCCCCCGGAGCAGGAGCGUCGAGCGCGCCGGCGGCCGGCCGCGCCGCGCGCCGCCCCCGCCCCCCGCCGCCCGGGCCCGGCCCCGC